ACCCUCGACUUCAUCUCCGCCGCCUACUCCCCCUGCCCCGAAUCCUUCAUGAACCGCCGCCGCCUCCUCUACGGAAAAGUCUUCAAAUCCCACCUAUUCGGUACCCCGACAAUCAUAUCCACCGAUGCAGACGUCACCCGCUUCAUCCUCCAAAGCGACGCUCGCUCCUUCGUUCCAUCCUACCCCAAAUCCCUUUCCGAGCUCAUGGGAAAGUCCUCAAUUCUCCUCAUCAACGGCGCCCUUCAGCGCCGCCUCCACGGUCUCAUCGGCGCCUUCUUCAAGUCCCCGCACCUAAAAUCUCAGAUCACCGCCGACAUGCAGUCCUACGUGGGCCGAGCAAUGGACAGCUGGUCCGAAGCCCGGCCCAUCCUCAUCCAAGACGAAACCAAGCAUAUUGUGUUUCAGAUUCUGGUCAAGGGGCUCAUCGGGCUGGAGCCCGGCGAAGAACUCUGUUCCCUCAAGCGAGACUUUCAUGAAUUUAUUGCCGGAUUGAUGUCUCUUCCUCUUAAUUUUCCAGGAACAAGACUUUACAGAUCCCUCAAGGCGAAGCAGAGGAUGGUGAUGGUUGUGAAGAAGAUUAUAGAGGAGAAGAGGAGGAGGAAGAGUUUGGGUUUGUUCGGGAUGAGUGCUGUGGAUGCCGUUGAUGUUCUGAUCAACGACACCAGCGGUGAUUUAACAGACGAGAUGAUUUCGGACAACAUGAUUGAUCUGAUGAUCCCCGCGGAGGACUCUGUUCCGGUGUUGAUCACCCUUGCCGUUAAGUAUCUUAGCAGCUGCCCUGCUGCCCUCCGGCAGCUGGAGGAGGAGAAUAUGAGACUUGUGGAGAGGAAGUCUCGGCUGGGGCAGGAGUGUUUACAGUGGAAUGAUUAUAUGUCCCUGUCAUUUACACAAGACGUUAUAACGGAGACUCUACGGCUAGGUAAUAUUAUAGGAGGCAUCAUGCGCAAAGCGGUAAGGGACGUGGAAGUGAAGGGACACCUAAUACCGAAUGGGUGGUGCGUCUUCACCUACUUCAGAUCGGUUCAUCUCGAUGAGGCCAUAUAUGAUGAGCCCCAUAGAUUUAAUCCAUGGAGAUGGAAGGGAAGGGACACGAGUAGUUGCAGCUUUACUCCCUUUGGAGGCGGGCAACGGUUGUGCCCCGGGAUUGAUCUAGCCAGGCUAGAAGCAGCCAUUUUUCUACACCACUUGGUCACAAGCUUCACGUGGGUGGCUGACGAGGACCAGGUGGUCAACUUCCCGACGGUACGGAUGAAGUCAGGGUUGCCUGUACGUGUCAAAAGAAGGGAGGUAGUAUUGGAGCAGUUAUCCGCACGUGUGGGCUCAUAGCCUCCAAAGUUGACUUGAUGUAGGCUAGGUUUUUUUUUUUUUUUUUUUUGGGAUUUAUAUUUAUGUGAUAGUAUGUAAAAAGCAAUAUUAUAUGAAGUUGAGAAAUUCU